UCCAUGCAGCUUAGUGCAGUAGAGAUGUAGUGUGCGAUUGACGGGAGGAGUGUAGUGUGUAAAUAAAUUUUUGAUUUGGUGUAGCAGCGAAAUAAACGCUGCUCAUUUUUGUUUGUUAAAUCUGCGUUUAAAAUCGUUUGCAUAAGAGAUGAUUAAAGCAAUAUUAGUGUUUAAUAAUCAUGGGAAACCACGUAUGUCUAAAUUUUAUCAGCAUUUUACAGAGGACAUGCAGCAACAAAUUAUAAAGGAGACCUUCCAGUUGGUUUCUAAAAGAGACGAUAAUGUUUGCAACUUUUUGGAAGGUGGAAGUCUUAUAGGUGGCUCAGAUUAUAAGCUGAUUUACCGACAUUAUGCGACGUUGUAUUUUGUAUUUUGUGUAGAUUCAUCUGAGUCAGAGCUUGGGAUUUUAGAUCUGAUCCAAGUCUUUGUGGAAACACUGGAUAAGUGUUUUGAAAAUGUUUGUGAACUUGAUCUUAUUUUUCAUGUUGAUAAGGUUCAUUACAUAUUGAAUGAACUUGUUAUGGGCGGCAUGGUAUUAGAGACCAAUAUGACUGAAAUUUUAACGAGGAUUGAGGAGCAGAACAAACUAGAAAAACAGGAGGCUGGGUUGGCUGCUGCACCAGCGCGAGCAGUUUCUGCUGUGAAGAACAUGAACAUUCCACAGCAAAUCAAAGACAUUAAGUUACCAGAUUUGCCUCAAGCGAUAAAGGAUCUCAAGUUUUGACUAGAAGAAAUAGUGCGAAACAUUUUGUUACCAGCUAUUUUUAUAUAAUAUGUGUGAAAAGACAAAAAAAAGUAAUGAAGUUAUCAAUAAUGGCCCCUUAUUUCUGUUUCUGAGCGCUAUCAAAAAGUUUUUACCUGUGAACUUCACAUGCUGUUUUGUUUCAAAUGACAUGUAUUUGUACAAAGUGCCAUGGUAAGUCUUUGUCCAAAAUGACAGUUACUAUUGUUUUGUUCUUUUUUUACAGCAAAAGUUAGUUCUCGAACUUGUAUAUACAUGGAGAAAGUGACUAACCAGUAUGGAUUGUAAUUUUUAGUACAAAACUGUUAAAAUUUCCAGUUCCUGUAAAAUUCCAUAACUAUUUUUAUUCUAAUUUGUCCAAACUUCAGCUGUAUGAACAACAAGUGUGUGUGUGUGUGUGUGUGUGUGUGUGUGUGUGUGUGUGUGUGUGUACACAAUUAAAUGUUACAAAUGUUUCAUAUAUGAUAUUGUAACUCUUUUUGCAAUUCAUUAAAAGGGAUUUUUAUACUUUGUUGGAGUAAAAAGUUGUGAAAUUUCUUUUGCAAUAAAGAAAUAGUACACAGCA